AUGUCGUCAUCCUCGUCCACGGGUCCUUACCUGCGCGCUCUGCGCAAAACAGAGCUGGUCGAGCUCGCUGAAAUUUCUGACUUGAAAGACUACGCCGAUCUCAAAAAAGCCGAACUCGAAGCCGCUCUCGACAGCCAUUUGCGUGCCAACAGCUCCAUCUUCUCUGGCGAGAAGCGCCUGGCUGAUUACUACCGACGUCUGUCGCAGCCUGCGCGCAUGUCGUCGCCCGUCAAGAAGGAACCCAAGUCCGAGUCCUCCGGUAUUUCUGUCGGAAGCGAGGAAAAGAGGUCGUCGCGCAGAACGCGGAAGACUUCCACCGAAGCUGAGGAAACCGAAUCGGAAAAGACUCAAACACCCGUGUCUGCUGCCGUCACUGCGCGCACCCCGGCGCGUUCACCACUCUCCUUCGUGACAGCAUUGCCUCCUUCGCCUGCCGUCGUCACCGACGCUAUUGAUCGCCAGACCACUAUCGUCCGCGAAAAGAUGUCUGACGCGUGGACCAAAUCCGGCAUCUCUGAGCGCUCAGACGCAUUGCGCGCUACACUCAGCAGCGUCAAGUCUAUUGAAACCAUCUUUGUGGUUUUGGAAUUGAUCGGAUUGGCGCGCGAAUUGAUUCCGUUGCGCUAUUUGACUACCGUCCCCGCCGUUGAGACGGUUAACACGCCUGAGAUUUCGGUCAAGAUUCCUGACUUUUUCGUCUUGAUUACCGGUACCUUUUGGGCACCUUUCUUGCUCUGGGCGAUGACCUCUCUGGUCUUGCCGCUGACUUUCGCCUACUUUUUUAACUUGAGUCUUCAUGCGCAAUCCUCUACGCACUCGCACAACACACGUCGUGCCUCUUCUACUGCGCAACAAGUGGCCAGUUUUGAUCCGUUGGUGUACAAUAUCACCAAGGCGUUGGUUUCGUACUUUGUGUAUGCGAAUCACUUCACUUUCUGGAGCACGUUCAGCCAUUUCUCGAUUGAGAAGGUUAAUGGCGCUAUUCCAGGACAGUGGCCUGGUGUUUUGACGGGAUCGGCCAUUGGCGUUUUGAUCAGUUUGUAUGAUGCUGUUCUGAGGAAGUAA